AUGGUCGAUUCAGGAGACCUGGCCGAGCAGCCGACCAGCGCCACCAUGGUGAGUACCAACAGCCAGUCUCCCGGAAAGCGCGAGCGCAAGCCGUCCAAGGGAGUCAAGAUUGAGGAAGCGGCGGUCUACAUCGACAACUCGAAUGGCUCCUCCCUGAAUGAAAGGGCAUCGACCCCGUCGUCGCCGACAGAAACGCCAUCGCCUCGUCGUCGUCUUCGAACCAUCAGCGGAAGCCGGGAACGGCACUUGCUCAGUACCAAGGAGGGCAAGCGGAUCUACACAAAAGGUCGCCCUCCUUGGUACGACCCGGCCGGCAACAGCAAGCAGCCGUUCUUGAUCGGAAUUUGUGGAGGCUCGGCAAGUGGAAAGACGACCGUUGCCGAAUUGAUCGUCGAACAGCUGGACCUUCCCUGGGUGACCAUCCUGUCGAUGGACAGCUUCUACAAGGUGCUUUCCCCGGAAGAGCACGAACUGGCCGCCCGCUCGGAGUACAACUUUGACCACCCCGAUGCCUUCGAUUUCGAUCUGUUGCUUUCGUGUCUAAAGCGGCUAAAGGAGGGCAAGUCGGUGGAAGUGCCUGUCUAUUCGUUCGUGACUCAUUCCCGCGAGAAAACCGGCAAAAUGAUGUACGGGGCCGACAUUUUGAUCUUUGAAGGGAUUUUGGCAUUCCACAAGGAGGAGAUUUUCAAAAUGAUGGACUUGACGAUCUUUGUUGAUACGGAUGCUGACACUCGUCUCUGCCGCCGACUCAAGCGCGAUAUUGAGGAGCGUGGCCGCGAUAUCAAUGGCGUCCUCGAUCAAUACCUUCGAUUUGUCAAGCCGGCCUUUGAUCGUUUUAUCGCCGUGGACAUGAAGAAGGCUGAUCUGCUACUGCCUCGAGGAGGUGACAACAGCAAUGGAGUCGGGCUCCUUUACAAUCAAAUCCAGAGUGAACUGUCCAAACGAGGCUACGAUCGAGAUCAUGUGCAGCGGAUGCACAUGGUCAAGCCGGAGAAUACGCUGCCGCCGACGGUGACCCCGCUCCCUCCGAACUCUCAAGUCAAGGGAUUGCUCACCUUCAUCAGAGACCGAGAUACUGACCGGGAUCGAUUCAUUUUCCAUGCCGAUCGUCUUUUCCGCAUCUUAUUCACCGAAACACUGAACCACAUGCCCUACGAGUCGACACAAAUCGAACUGGAAAACGGCGAAAUCAUCGAGGGCCGGCGACGAGCCACCGCCGUCUGUGGUGUGGCCAUAAUGCGAGCCGGCGAGACGAUGGAACAAAGUUUGAAGCAGGAAGUGAAGGACUGCAAAAUGGGCCAGCUCCUCAUCCAGACGAAUCGCGAGAGUGGCACGCCUGAGUUGUUCCAUUUCCGGCUGCCCGCGGAGAUCAAGAAUGACCACCACAUCGUGCUCAUGGACGUCAACAUUUGCACUGGCGGUGCAGCGGUGAUGGCGAUACGGGUCCUCCUUGACCAUGAGGUCCCCGAGGAGAAUAUUGUGCUCGUCUCGUUGCUGAUGAGCGAGCAGGGGAUCGCCAACAUUGCCUACGCAUAUCCCAAGGUGAGGCUGGUCGUGGCCGAGGUCGACCCGAUCCUCAACGAGCAGGGCUUUCUGCAGCCGGGAAUGGGCAAUUUUGGCGACCGCUACUACGGCACGGGUUACGAUGAGGACGACGAGGGGAUGGACGAGAUUUUUGCGGAUGACGGUAGCGAUUCA